AUGGAUCUCAUAUUCAUCCUCCGUCAAUACAUCGGCAUCGUCCUCUCCAUGGCCGCCUUCGCCGGCUUCGCCUUCUGCACCAAACUCGAGCGACGCUUCGACCUCGACCAAACCAAAAUCAUUCACGUCUCCGUCGGUCUCGCCGUCGUCGGCCUGCUGUUCCACGAACUGCGCCCGUACAAGCGACAGGCUGGAUUGACGUUUAGCAAAGAGCAGGCCGAGGAGGAGUGGAAGGCGCGCGAGGAGGAGAUCGCCGCGGCGAAGACGAAGAAGAAAAAGUAA